UUCUGGGUAUCACUCUACACAGAGCUCGAGAUCUCUUUCGGGAUAUUAGCCGCUUUUUCGAUCUCUCAGUCUCUUCUUAAAAACUUACUUUACCCAUAUGGACCUACUCGACCAGCUUUGGGAUGACACCGUUGCCGGACCUCGUCCGGAGAACGGUCUAGCAAAGCUUCGAAAGCAUUCCACCUUCAGUUUCCGGUCUAAUUCGGGCAAGGGAUCUGACGGUGGAAACGUAAGAUCAUACGGUGAGGAUCAGCCGACGAGAGUUACGCGGAGUAUUAUGAUAGUAAGACCACCAGCGAGCCUGAGCGGUUCGCCUCCGGUUUCGCCAGCUGGAUCAACUCCUCCAGUGUCGCCGUUUUCUGGAGGCAGAGAGUCGUUUAGGUUUCGAAGAAAGUCAGCAUCGGAUGCGUACGAGAAAACAGGCGAAGUUGGACCCAGAAGCAGCCCUCCUCCUCCUUACGACGUGUGAAAUAUAAUGAUGAUGAUGAUGAUAUGAUCAUCACAAGAUCAUGUUUUGCAGUUCCAAAUCAAACGACUGAGAAUGUCACUUAACUACUAUAAAUAGGUAUAGCUGUGCUGUGUUUGUCUCUGUGUUUUGGAUGAGGAGGCUGUGUAGUUUGUUAUAUAUAUAUAUAUAAUAUAUAUAUGAUGACGAUGUGAGAUAUGGGCUGUUUGCUGUACCUAUAUCGGAGUGUAGGGUUGGUUUAUUAUGUACUACUUUUGUUCGAUCGAAAUCUCUGUAUAUAUCGGUUUUUCUUUCUA